UAUAUACCGCUGAGUAGAAUAGUUGUGAUCAGUUAUUUCUGAGAUUCUAUCUUUCUUCUUCUCUCUUAGCCUAAAGUUUUGAAGAUAGUUGGUGUAGACGAUAAUGGCAAGAAAAUGUUCACAUUGUGGGAAUAUAGGUCACAAUUCAAGGACUUGCGCCACUCUUAAAGGGAGAGACGUUCGUAAAUUUUGGCUAUUUGGAGUGCAACUUGACUUAUCUUCUUCUUCUUCUUCUUCGUCUUCUUCGAUGAGGAAGAGUUUAAGCAUGGAUUGCUUGUCAUCCUCGUCAAUAGCCUCUUCAUCAACACCCUCUGCUUCGUCGUCUUCUCGCCUAACUAUGGAUCAAACACUUUAUAAUAUCCAUCAUCAACAUAUUUCUGAUGGCCUCACUAUUGCUAGAAAUCAACAAAGAAAGAAGGGAGGGGCAUGGAGCGAGGACGAGCACCAGAUGUUUCUGGUUGGGCUGGAAAGGCUGGGGAAGGGAGAUUGGAGGGGCAUCUCCAGGAACUUUGUGAUGACAAGAACUCCAACCCAAGUAGCCAGCCAUGCACAAAAAUAUUUUCUUCGUCUGAACCGCCUCAACAAAAGAAAUCUCCGACGACCCACCCUUUCCGAUGAGUUGCUUACCCUAUUUUGGAAGGUGCCAAGGGAGAAAUUCACAUCUCAAAUAUUGGUUAAUACAACUACAAGCGUACGUGUUCAAGGUUUGUGAAGCUUCUCUUCCAAAGAUAACAACUACUUCUCAAGUAUGCCACUGGAAUAAGAAAGUAAAUUAUGUUCUGAUCAAGGACUUCUAAUUACUUUGACAUAUAUAUUGUUUCUACGGAGAAAUAGUUGGGGAAUAAAAUGUAUAAACAUAUCUAAUCGUAUGUAAUAAAGAUUGAAAUCUAAUAUUUGGGAUAUUAA